UGUGAGUUCAGAACUUGUGUUGCCUUCCAAGAUGAGACUUUCUACACUGUCUUCCUCCCUCCCUUUCUAGAUUUGAUUUAUCAAUUUUUCAAUAGUCCCAGUGAUUUUAAUACCACAGGUUCAGAUGUACAAUUACUAGAAUAUGAGCGGACGAUAGAGGUCCCAGACUCCUACCGUGGACCUCGGCUGUCAUUUCCCCUGACUGUUGCGGACACUAAUUCACUUCUUCAUGCUUUCAAGGAUCAACAGCACCUUCAUGCCCGCUAUGUCCUACAGCUGCUACACGAAACCAAGAAACUCCUUAAACAGAUGCCUAACAUCAUUCAUCUGUCGACCUCCUACUCCAAGGAGAUAACCAUCUGUGGUGAUUUGCAUGGAAAACUGGAUGAUCUUUUGCUGAUAUUCUACAAGAACGGCCUGCCUUCAGAAGAAAACCCUUACCUUUUUAAUGGAGAUUUUGUGGAUAGGGGGGAAAAUUCCAUAGAAAUACUUAUUAUCCUGUUUGCCUUUCUUCUUGUCUACCCCAACCAUUUACACUUGAACAGAGGGAACCAUGAAGACCAUAUCAUGAAUCUGAGAUAUGGCUUCACAAAAGAAGUUAUGAAGAAGUACCGGUCCCAUAGCAAAAAAAUUUUAAAUCUUCUGCAAGAUGUUUAUAGCUGGCUUCCCCUUGCCACUGUCAUUGACAGCAAAGUACUAAUAGUACAUGGAGGAAUAUCAGACACCACUGAUUUGGAUUUCCUGAAUUUAUUUAAGAGAAAUAAGAUGAAGUCGGUGCUGAGACCACCAAAAUCAAGCACAGAGAGAAACCAUGACCCAGAAAGAACUGACUUUGCAGAGUACUCUCCUAUAAGAAGAGUCAAGAGAUGCCUUCCUGGGCAGGAUAUUGCUGUCAAAGGAAUGACCAGGCCUUCAUCAUCAUCUAGCCAUAGAAGACGAUACACCAGUGAUCUGUCGGAUGUUGGGGAGCACAUGUGUCUGCUUCAUGAUAGUGUCAACUCUGGCCCGCUCCUAGAGGCACAGUAUCUAGAGUCCAGUGUUCGUAUGCCGAGUGUGCCUUCAGAAUUAACAGCAAAGGAAUGGAAACAAGUGGUUGAUAUUCUUUGGAGUGAUCCAAAAAACAAAAAUGGCUGCACACCAAACAAAGUUCGAGGAGGUGGUUGCUACUUUGGGCCUGAUGUUACUGCCAGGCUGCUUAAACGGUAUAAUCUGAAGAUGCUGAUCAGGUCUCAUGAAUGUAAACAAGAAGGUUAUGAGAUCAGUCAUGAUGGGCAGGUUAUCACUAUUUUUUCUGCCUCUAACUACUAUGAAGAUGGCAGCAAUCGUGGUGCUUAUCUCAAAUUGAAUCCUGAUUUGAUACCUCGCUUUGUGCAGUAUCAAGUCAGUAAAUCCACACGCAAACAGACUCUUCACCAGAGGGUGAGUGUGGUUGAAUGGUCUGCAUUAAAGUCAUUACGAGAGAAACUUUACUCCCGGAGAUCAGAACUCACUGCAGCUUUCAGACAGUACGACCCAAAUUACACAGGAAGAAUUUCUGCCACAGAAUGGGCCUCAGCAGUGGAAUCUGUUUUACAUCUGGAUCUCCCAUGGAGGACUCUGCGUUCUCGAUUGGUGCAGCUUGCUCCGGAUGGAAGUGUCGAGUAUCUUUCAUGUUUUAAUGAUUUGGAAAUAGAGCCAGCCAUAAAAGAGGUUCAACCAGCUUUGGUGGAAACCCUGUACAGAUACAGAACUGAUCUGGAGAUAAUCUUUAACAUCAUUGACAAAGAUCAUUCAGGUCUGAUCUCCAUUGAGGAAUUUCGCCAGACAUGGAAACUCUUCAAUUCUCAUCUCAAAAUUGACAUAGAUGAUGAAUCCAUUGACAACCUAGCCCGCAGCAUUGACUUCAACAAAGAUGGCAGCAUUGACUUCAAUGAAUUUUUAGAGGCCUUUCAUGUGGUUAAUAAAUUUGAAAACAAGUAGAACCAGAACUAAUUUCAAUAGUUCUUGUCAGGAGCUUGACUAUCUGCCAGUGAUGAUAUGCUGCACUGAGAAACGUAAUGCCUGUCUGAGAAAGAAGGGACUGCAUGGUAAACGUAUGAGGUGGAGAACCAGAAGCAUGGUGCUGUUUGGGGAAGUCAUUUCUUAGCCAGUUGUAAACUAUGGACAGCUGCUACACUGGAGAAUAUUAAUGAUGAGAGAGAGAAGAGGCGAAAAACUUUAACAUCCUUCUUAUGGGGUGGUUGCCCGAUGGUAGAACAGGACACUGCCAUAUUAGCAACUUGUUUGAUUCCAGUUCUUGUUUCUUUAUCGCCUGACCAUUGGGAACUUGAUCACUGCCAGUGUAGCUCCUUUAACCCUAUGGGAAGUUAAGAUAAACUUCUUUGUGUGGCUCAACAACAGUCCUCACAGAUUAGAAGAAUUGAUGUACUCUGAAGGAAGUCCUUUCUGAUAGGGAAAAGUAAAGAGAUCCUUCAGACCAGCUAUCUUACGGUUGAAAACUGAGAGGAGAAACACCCAUUUACAGAAAUUAUUCUACAUUUAAACUAGUAUUUUGCAUGAUGAUAAUAAAUUAAUAGUUUCAGCUCACUACUACCUCUUUUACUAUUGUUUACAUACAUAGCCUAUUAUUUAAAAACAGAAAGUGUUUGCUCUUGUUACUGAUUCCCCCAUGCGCUAGGGUAGUUAAUAAGUAUUCUUUUGAAAAGCCUGCCCUUAUUUUUUUUUUUCUGAAUAGGUCUCAUUAUAAUAAGAAUGGAGAUCCAGUCAGUUUAAACUCAAAGUACGUUACUGUCUUGAAUGGGCAUAAAUAUGUGGUCAAUAUCAGAAUAAAAAUCUUAGCUUUCAAAGCAAUUAGAAAUGUGGUAUAUUAUCCUGCCUCACUGCUCUUGGUAUUGUAUGGAUCACACAGUAGAACAUUGAUUUCCUCCAUAAAUAACUUGGGUAUUUUAUUGAAGAGGAAUUGACUAAGAAAAUGAUGGUAAUAAGGAAGCUUGGUGGCACUGAGCAUGAGAUGCUUCAACAUAGCAAAGAAAAAGUUCUUGGAUUUCAACAUCAUAUGGAAUGGGGUCAUGGAGCACAGCCGUACAAUGGGGUUCAGAUUUCAAGAAAGCAACGUGUGAGAUAUUAAGAAAAUGACUGAGCUUGGUGCAGUGGGAGGAAGUAUUUAAAUUUAUGUGUGGAACAAUACUGGAAUAUUCUGUGCCAUCAUAAACUGCAACAAAUGACACUUCCUCUGAAAAAAAUAAAAGAAAGAAAGAAUAAUAGGUGGCCAGUGUCACUCUAGAAGGGACUGCUUAGUGAUAUUAGGGUUAACAGAAGAAGUAGUAUUUGUGUGUGCAGAGAAUUAGCUUGCAAAAAAAGCAGAAUCAACUAGUGUGAUACAAAGGGGAUAAGUAGAGUAAUAAAGGCCUACAGGGCCGGCUUUAGGGCGAUUCAGCCGAUUCCCUGGAAUCAGGCCCCGCAACGUCCCAAA